CUCUGGCAUCGUCUUCCCAUCAGGCAAAAUGAAAAUCCUUGUGGUAUUUCUGGCGCUGGCCAUCUUUGGGACACAAUCUCAUGGAUACGAGGUUUUUAACAUCAUCAGCCCCAACAGCAAUGGUGGCAAUCUUCAGGAGACAGUGACAAUUGACAAUCAAAAAAAUAUCGCCAUCGUUAACAUCCAUGCAGGAUCAUGCUCCUCUACCACGAUUUUUGACUAUAAACAUGGCUACAUCGCAUCCCGGGUGCUCUCCCGAAGAGCCUGCUACAUCCUGAAGAUGGACCAUAAGGCCAUCCCCGCUCUGGACGAACUAAAACGAUACAUCUACGAGAAACAGGCUAUGAAGAACAUGUACUCUGACAAAUACUUCUGGGUCAAGUAUAACCCGCUACAGUCUAUGAUGAUACACACAGACUGGCUUCUGUUCGGCUCCCCCAUCAGGCAGCUCUGCAGUCAUGUGCCCCUGUACAAGGGGGAAGUGGUUGACAAGUUAGAUAAUGUCAGUGCUGGCGUCUGUUCGAAGGCUGGACUCCUGGGCAUCUUUGGAAUCUCCAUUUGCGCAGGCGUUAGUGUUUAGGCAUCAACCCACCGGCGUUGCCUUUUCCAAGACACCCACCCUUGGUUUCCACUCAGUGGCCAAAUUAAGUUCUUUCCCCACGCCCCAACUAAUGUUGAGACUCAGUGGUAAAACAUAAAUCCUAUAUCUACAGA